AGAAAUCAGCCCGCUCUGUUCGCCCCUCCUUCUGAGUAUGUAAAUCGUGCAUUUCCUCGUCAAGAACCAGGCAAGCAGGAACUUAAGGGCGAAGCGUGGGGCAGCUUCCAAGAUUGCCAUCUGUAAAACAGUUGGAAGUCUCUUCUCUCCUCACCAGAAGCACUUUCCUCCCUUUUUGCCCACUCUACCAGCCAGCUACUCCAAUAAAAGAAAAUGAAACUUACGGAUAUCUUGGGAUUUAGCUUUGUGGAAAUUAAGGUUCCAGCAGCCACAGUGACCUUCCUAGUGAUUCUCUUGGCCCUGUUUUAUUGGUACUCUAUCUCUGCCUUCUCUGGGCUCAAGAAGGUGGGUAUCCGGCAUCCUACACCUUUGCCUUUCAUAGGAAACCUGCUCUUCUUUCGGAAGGGCUUUUGGGAAAGCCACAACAAACUGAUAAAUGAAUAUGGACCUGCUUGUGGGUAUUAUAUUGGCCGUCGAAUGUACUUGGUGGUAUCAGAGCCAGAAAUGAUUAAACGUAUCUUAGAGGAUGACUUCCACAACUUUAGCAAUAGAAUGACUCCAGACUUGGUUUCUAAGCCCUUUGCAGACAGCAUCCUCAUCCUGCGUGAUGAGAGAUGGAACAACGUCCGACGCCUGUUGACCCCAGCCUUCAGUACCACAAAGAUAAAAGAGAUGACUCCACUAAUCAACCAGGCAUGUGACAUCCUGCUGGGUAACUUAAAGGUCUAUGCAGAUUCUGGCACAGCUUUUGACAUCCAAAGGAAUUAUGGUUAUUUCACUCUGGAUGUUGUUGCUAGCGUGGCUUUUGGUACCAAAGUAGACUCCCAGAAGAACCCCAAUGAUACUUUUGUGAAGAACACAAGAAGAUUCUUUGAACUUUCAUUAGUUGGACCUAUCUUAAUCUUAGCAAUUGCAUUUCCGUUCAUAAUGGUUCCCCUGCUCCGGAUUUUGCCAAAUAAGAAGCGUGAUGAGGUGAAUGGAUUUUUUAUCCAUGUCAUUAAGAACAUGAUUGCUUUGAGAGACCAGCAAGACCCAAAUGAGAGACGCAGGGACUUCCUCCAGUUGAUGCUUGAUGCCCGAGGCUCUUUUGAUGACAUAGUCAUGGAGCAUUUUGACACAGUCAACCAAGCUGACUCUUGCAACCAGAAAAGCAAAACAGCUGCCAGCAAAGCCCCAGCUAAGAAGCAGCAGAAAAUGUUGAGUGAUGAUGAGAUAGCUGGCCAGGCCUCCUUAUUCCUGAUUGCAGGCUACGAAACCACCAACAGCACCCUCUCCUUUGCCACGUACUUGCUAGCCAUCAAUCCUGAAUGCCAGGAAAAGCUGCUCCAAGAGGUCGAUGGAUUCUUUUCCAGACAUGAUGUUCCUGACUACGAAAACAUACAUGAACUCCCCUAUCUGGAUAUGGUGGUAGCAGAGACUCUACGGAUGUAUCCACCGGCAUUCAGGUUUACCCGGGAAGCAGCAAGGGACUGCUCAGUGUUGAAGCAAUAUGUACCAGGUGGCGCUAUCAUGGAAAUUGCUGUUGGGCACCUUCAUUAUAAUCCGAAGCUCUGGCCAGAACCUGAGAAGUUUAUUCCUGAGAGGUUUACAGCAGAGGCCAAGAAGCAGCGCCAUCCCUUCUCUUAUCUCCCCUUUGGGGCAGGUCCUCGUGGCUGCAUUGGCGUGACACUGGCUUUGAUGCAAAUAAAAAUAACAUUAAUACGAACUUUGCAGAAGUUCAAGUUCAAAACCUGUCCUCAGACCCAGAUUCCUUUGCAGCUGAAAUCUCAUGGCACGCUGGGACCCCAGAAUGGAGUCUGCAUCAAGCUGGUUUCUCGAUAGAGCAAAAUCACCACUCUGCAUGCCGUCUAAAAAAAGAUGACUUGUUUUGUGAUGUAAUUACUGUACUGAAAAUAUGCUGGACCAGGCUUUCUCUUCUAUGUAUAAUCUAUCUUCAAAAAAAUCAGGUUUUAGGGAGCAGAAUGUAGUGUUCCCAAAAUCUCAGUGUGCUAGGAAAUAUUUGUGUGCUUUAAAGAAGAAAGCAAGACAAAUUUGACAUAUAUGUGGGCCCCUCUCUAAGCUCUGCCCUUGAGAAACAGUUCAUAAAUGAACAGAUACAGCACAAGAGUUCAUACCUUGGCUUAUUUUCCUGGUUUCUUAAACAACAUAAAGCCAGAAUCCUCCAAUCAAACUGGGGAACUCUGGCAGAAUCAAAAAAACCUAGAUUUUUGAGCAGAAACUAACAAGUGAGGGUGGGAAGGUAAGGGUACCUGGCCUUCAUGCUUGUUCUCUGCUUCGUAAACCAUAGUUUGUGAAGCUAGAAACAACCAUGACUGCUGAAGCUUCAGAUGUGCAUCCAAACCUGACUAGCAUCUAUGAGCUCCAGGUAGCUGUUGGGGUUAUUUACACGUUGAGCAUCAGCUUUGUUCUGUGCUAUGGUAUUACUCAAGAGCCAUCCAUCCAUCAGCUGCAGCAGAGUUACAGCUUUACUUUAAUGCUUUUCUGAUACAAAUGAUUACAAAAGUAGCAGUGUGGAAUCUUUGACGAAAACACCCUCCAUGGAAAAACAAAUUUUUAUUUACUUGGAGCAGAACUUCGAUGAGGUCACUGGCAGUUGUGUCUAAGUCCGUGGGCCUGGCAGACUGCAGAGAACGCUGCACCCUUGACGGUGGCAUCUGCCCCAUCGGAUUUGACACCACAAUGCAAAUCCAACGCUGUUUCAACAAUCCCAUGACUCUUGCCACCUCCAACUACUUAUACCCAAGUAAGGUUGCAAUGGGUCCUAAUGAGUCCCAGUUGGGACUGUGUCUGAGCAGGUAUGUAUUAGAUGCUGCUAACAGACAACAGAGUUUUAUGAACAGGGAAACUUUCUAAAAAAUGGUGAGAGGAAAUCUCAGCUGAAUUCUAAAUUCUCUACUUGCAGAUCAUGUAAGCAGAGCACAUUUCCAAAACGCAGCUUCUGCUAGCCAUUGAAAGGGCUGUUCCGGGUGCUCGAGGUUCAUGCCAAGCCACCAGAAGGUCUGUCCAGAUCUCCCCUGUGCUUGUAGGAAACACCAGGCUAAACUUGGAGGCUUCCAUGCAUCCAGUGGUUGGAGUGGGAUGCAGCCGUGGUUGCAAUUGCUGCCACUUCUCACCGUGUGCAUUUGAUCUGGUUGGUCAUUUAUGGUCAUUGAGAUGAAGCACCAGGAUGGGAGGGUCCCAGCCUCCUCCCCAUCCCACCCCACCCCACCAGCAUGCCCCAUCCCCAUCCCCAGGGCAUGUUUGUCCUCCCAGAGAGGCAGGCAGCAUGGUUCUUCCUGCACAGCCAGCAGUGGGAGCAGAGCCCUUGCACCAAGCUCACGGGACCUCACCCUGGGGAUCCCAAGAAUUCCGUGGGCCCCAGAGAAUGCCAGGAGGCCACUGGUAUGCAUCUUCACUUUGUUGCAACAAGAAUUCUUAGGAUGCUAAAUUCUCCAACCCUAGCCUUAUCGCUUCAGCAGAGUAUGAAAAAGAGAGGGGCUUAGAAAUAAACAAAGAUUAAAAGGUGUGAUGUACUUGGUGCAUUUGGAAACUAAACUUAUGUGACAGGGUGGGGUGAAGAGAUCAUGAUAAAACUAAUAGCAACAGGAAGAACAAAAGGUCAUUUUUAAAGUUUUUGCUCUUGCUGCUAAAGCAAGGGAAAUCAUACUUUUUGUCUUGAAAAUAGCUCUUUUAAAUAUCGUAGAUUACAUGUCAGGCUUCAUUUCUACACCACAAUCUGUAGCUUUGCCUGACCUUUUGGUUUGUCAACAUUUUGGCAUGGGUCCUUCUUUUCUCUUCUGUCAUGCCCAGAUCACUUUUAGCCUAGCUUAUAGAGGCCUGCAGCGAAAACUGUGGCUGGCUGUAUUUAACCUCUGCUGUGGAUGCCAUCUUCUAGCACCUGCUGAAAGGUUGACUGCCCUUCCCCUGUGCAGUCAAGGUUCCAGUGUCUGAUAGAAGCAAAAUGGCAGGGAGCGCAGUGGUGGAGAAUGGCAUGAACAAACAUGUCUCCAACCUGGUGGAAGGGAAAUUGUGGGAAAACAACACAAAACGCAAAAUGGAAGAGGAACAAAGAACCCACCACUCAUCCUUUCCUUCCAUCAUGAGUCCAGAAGGGUUUUAUAUAAGGCACUUCUUCCACUUUCUGAACACCAGCUUACACUGGUAGAAUUACUCAGUGUAAGACCUAGAUCCUCCGGUACAGACGCUCACGUGACGUCUUUUACAACCAAGGCAUCAAAGGUGUCCUUCAAGAUGAGACCUUCCUGUUUUCAGAGCCAGGGCUGAGCAUCAGCAUCAAAUAAGCAUUCUUGCGCAUUUACUCCAUGUGUCUUUGGCAGCUAUGACUGUACAAAAUGCAAGUUUACAAAGUAUGUUAAAUUUACCUCAUUUGCAGUGGUGCUUUGGGUAUGCAAAUAGUGUAGGCUCAUCUAUAGAAGGCUUUUGCAUGAACUGUUGGAGCAUGUACAAUCCACCUUACGCAAGUCAGAAUGCAGGUCCUUCUAAACUAGAGCUCUGUCUGCCCCAGCCAGCAGCAGCUUUUCAAUGUUUCUGGCAGCAAUUGGUCACAGCCAUGUUACUGGAGAUCAUUAAACAGGAGAUGCCAAGGACAGAAUCUUAAGUAUGCAAGACGUGUGCUCCAACAAACCUAUGUAAUAGACAACUUGGUAAAACUGAAGUCCUUGGACUGGAAUGAGUUAGCAUAGAUGUGACUUAGCAUAGAAGGCCUGCUGCAAAUUCUAGCUGUUGCUGGACACGUCUCUGAUCAACCAGAGCCCUGUUUCUCCAAGGGUAACUGUUGUUAUUAUGUGCCAUCAAGUCACCUCCAACUCAUGGCGACCCUCUGACUGUCCUGUCAAGGCCCUCCAUAUGUCCUGUCCUUGACAGUCUUGCCAACUCUUGUAAAUCCCAAGGCUGCAACUUCCUUUACUGCUCCAGCUCAUAGUUGGUCUCUCCCUUCUUUUUCUGCCAUCAACUUUCCCUAGCAUGAUUGUCUUCUCCAGAGAGUGUGGCCUUCUCAUGAUGCACCUUAAGUGCAACAGCUUCAGUUUCAUCGUGUUUGCUUCCAAAGGACAAUAAUAGCUAUAGUAAAAGCACCAUACACAUGACAAUUAUGAAAUACAGAAGUUAUAAAUAGCAGUGUCAAAGGUUAAAAAGUAAGUUUGUGUUGGGUUUAGCGCUCUAAGCAUUAUAUUUGUGUAAGAUCUCAGAGUGGACAAUAUCACUGUUUUUAAGGAUUUGUUUGCUUUGACUGCAGUUUGCCCAACUUCAGAGCUCAUCAGUAGCUCACACAUGUAUUUAGAGUAACUGCCAGAAAGCAAACCAAAGGUCUGCUGCUAUGACUGAUUAUUCUAAAGAAUCGUCUUCAGGGAAUUCUUAGUUCGUCUCAGCUGGAAGCUGUACUUUAUAAAGUAGCUGGGGAAUGCUGUGAUGUGUGGAUGACCAAUCCCAUGCUUUUCUUAGAAAAAACCUCUUAUAUUAUCAUGAAAUAGCAGAUGCACAGUGGGUGGGGGGUUUUGUACUGUUUUAUUCUGCACUCUUUUUUAAACUUUUAGAAAAUAAAGGUUAUUUGAAGCACA